GAGUUUUAAUCAGGAUAAUAAUAUUUGCAGGACACUGUUCUGAUCCAGUCCGAUCUACAUCAGGUGAAUGAAACAGAUUGAUUAGGGUCGGUAGAGGGAAUUGAUCAGGUUGCCAGAUUGUAUUGAGCAGGGUGCAUGGGGUUGUGCAUUUUUUCGAUUGAUAAUUCUGAUCCACCUGUAUAAGAACCAAACAGAAAAAUAUAAUAAAAACAUAAAUAUAUAAAGACAUGACAUUAUGGAUCUGUUUAAUCUAAUAUUUCUAACGUCUUUAUCAUCUGUUUUGAUCUGCCUAUUCAAUGGAUUUAGUCCAAUCUGGCAACCGGGCUUCGAGCACAGGGGCUUUUGUUGCAUCCAGAGGGAGAGCAAGCAAAGGCUUGAAUUCGAUCUACGGGAGUCCGAUCUGCACUGAAAACUCGGGCCUGUCCGAUCGAGCUCCGUGUCUCCGCAGCUGCUCUUUGUGUAGAUCGCGUUAGAUCUGUGAUCUCUGCACCCGGAAUCGGAUUUAUUCGCAGUAUUUGUUUAGAAUGGGAAACGCUGAAGACCCUGUAAGAAAAAGGGAAACCUAAGGAUGCUGGAGCAGAACAAUGGAUUUCUCCUUCUCUUUCAUGCAAGGGAUCAUGGGAAACACAAUCCAGCAACCGCCUCAGCUCAUUGACUCAGCUAACAUCAGACAGGAGGACGGGUACGAUGUGAUCAGCGACCCCGGGGAUGAGGGAGGUCCCUCCGCCUACGAUUCACCCCUAGAUCCGGGAUUCUCCUACCCUCCGGACGACUUAGGGGUCGUCACUAACGGUUACCAGCCGGGAAUCAGUGCCUACGAGCAACAGGCAAAGUUUGCACUGUACUCGCAGUUCCCUAACGGCUCGGCUAACGGCUCGGCUAACGGCUACGGCGCCAUACGCAACUACCACGCCGACCACGGCCUGAUCCUGGGGGAGGGAACAGUGCUGAGGUCGCCCGUCGUCCAGGAAAAAUCAUCUCACAUCUCUUCCCCUCUUCCUCCGUCUCAUUCUCAUCUUCAUCACCACCAUCCUCAUCAUCCUCAUCAUCCUCAUUCGCAUCUUCAACAUCAGUCGCAGCAGCACCAACCGAAUCCUAAACUUUUACCUCAUCAGCCUCCUCCCCCUCUUCCUCCUCCUCCUCCUCCACCUCCUCCAUCGUCCUCCUCUUUACAUCAUUUACAGCCGGUUUUCCCUCCUCCUACUCUCAUCCUUCCCUCCACUCCACCUCCCCUUUCCUCCUCCAUUCAGGACACGGUCUCCGAACCCGUCGGCCAGAAGAAAACAAACUCCCCGGAGAUCAAGAUUAAGAUCAUAAAGACGUAUCAGAACGGCCGCGAGCUGUUCGAGUCGUCGCUGUGCGGAGACCUGCUGCACGAGUUUCAGGAGUCGACCAGGAGGAACGAGCACAAGAAGGAGAAGAGAAAAAAGAAAAACAGCCGGCACGGGGUCUUCCCUGAACAGGAAGUCAGGCUCGGCGAUGGACAGGCUGUAAUGCAGGAACAACAACCGACCCUCAGUGUCAAGAGCCCCAAAACGGAGCCCAAGGAGGUCCAGGUGGACAGGAACGUGCCCUCGCUGUGCGUGGAGUACGAGAUCGGUGAUCUGGUGUGGGCUAAAGUAGGGACGUACCCGUGGUGGCCCUGCAUGGUCUCCUCUGACCCCCAGCUGAAGGUUCACACACGCAUCAACACCCGAGGUCACAGGGAGUACCAUGUGCAGUUUUUUGGCAGUGUGGCUGAGCGGGCUUGGAUUCACGAGAAGAGGAUUUUGGUGUAUAAAGGAGAGAGUCAGUUUGAGGAACUGCAGGCGGAAACCUUACGCAAAACCACCAAUCCCACUGAGAGACAGAAGCUGCUGAAGCCUCAGUCUCAGAGGGAGCGCGCUCAGUGGGAGGUGGGCGUCGGCCACGCCGAGUCGGCUCUGCUCAUGUCCCGAGAGGAGCGUAACGAGACCUACACCUUCAUUUACAUCGACAAACUGCCUGUUGAGGAGCCUAGCAGCGAGCCCGUGACCCCGACGAUUAUAAAAAAACGGAGGGCAAGACGCUCGAAGAGCCUGAAGAAGGAGGACCCCACGACGCCUCCGCGCCGUCAGCAGCCUCGUCGCCAGUGCAGCGUUUCGGACGCUCAGGAGGAAGAGGCGGAGCCCGAGGACGCAACAGAAUCUCAACCCUCGCCACCUCCUGUCCGGACUCCUUGGAGAACGGCGGCUGCUCGGAAGCUGCUCCCGCUCUCCAUCACCAUGAAGAAGCUCAACGUGGAGAUCGUGAAAUGCGAUUGGCAGCUGCCCAAAGAGAAGGUGGACAUAAAAAAGGAGGUGGAGAGAGAUGACGAGAGAGUUCAGUCUCCAGAGGGUUCGAGUGAUAAAGCAGAGGGUGAGACGUUCUCCAGCGAGGAGGAGAGAACAGCAUGGAGUGAACCAGAGAGCGCAGAACACACACACACUCCUGUUACUGAACUCAGCUCAGACUCGAUGGAAAGGAAGCUGCAGCGGCGGUGUGUAAGAAGUCGCUCAGAGUCGGAAAAGAGUGUCGAUCCUGUUCCGAAGAAGAAGAUCAAGAAGGAGCAGGUGGAAGCGAUGCCUCAGAUGGACUUUAAGACGGGAUUUCAAAAAGGAGCCAGCGAGAUCUCCGACUCCUGUAAACCACUGAAGAAACGAAGUCGAGCGUCGACAGAUGUCGAAGUCACAAGUUCUAUUUAUAGAGACACAUCCGACUCCGAUUCCAGAGGCCUCAACGACAUGCAGUGUGUGUUUGAAAAACGCUGCGACAGCCCUGGUACACUGGACGCCGACGGCUCAGAUGCCCAGUCAGAAGAUUCCAACAUCUCCCGGCAGAGCGGCAACUUCUCCAAGAAGGAUAUGGUGUGUUCGGUUUGCGAGACAUUUGGAGAUUCCCUGCUGUCCUGUGAGGGCGAGUGUAACGGGUUUUUUCAUCCGGAGUGUUUGGCCUCAGCUGGUGGAACAGAGGGAGAAAACAUCUGUACCGAGUGUAAAACGGGUUCACACCUGUGUUUCUCCUGUAAGCGCACUGAUGAAGACGUGAAGCCGUGUUCGGUGAUCGGUUGUGGGCGUUUCUAUCACGAGUCCUGUGCGUGGAAGUACGCCGGCACUGCUGCCGAGCCACAGGGCCUGAGGUGCCCACAGCACUGCUGCUCUACCUGCUGGCUGGAAAAGGAUUCGCAAAAAGCUCUCAAGGGCCGGAUGAUGCGCUGUAUCCGCUGUCCUCUAGCCUUCCACACAGGAGACCUGUGCAUAGCAGCGGGGAGCGUGAUGAUCACGCCUCACCUCAUCGUGUGCAGCAAUCACUCGGGCACAAGGAAGAACGGUCAUCUCGGCUCCUCCGUAAACGUAGGCUGGUGUUUCGUUUGCUCGCGAGGACGCUUAGUGCACGACCUCACUGACACCGUAUUAAGUUCUUAUACGUUUAAGUCUCACUACCUUCUGACUGAGUCAAAUCGUGCUGAGUUGAUGAAAUUACCUCUGAUUCCUUCUCCUUCGUCAGCUACCCAAAAGAAUCCGGCCAAAGGAGGAAGACUCCUGUGCUGCGAGGCAUGCCCUGCCUCUUUCCACCCGUCCUGUUUGAACAUCGAGAUGCCUGAAGGAGCCUGGCUUUGUAGUGAAUGCAGAGCAGGAAAGAAACCUCACUACAAGCAGAUCGUUUGGGUCAAACUGGGCAACUACAGAUGGUGGCCUGCUGAGAUCUGUAACCCUCGGCUGGUUCCGUCCAACAUCCAGAACCUGAAACAUGACAUCGGGGAUUUUCCGGUCUUUUUCUUCGGGUCUCACGAUUAUUACUGGAUCCACCAGGGUCGUGUUUUUCCAUACUUGGAGAACGAUAAGAAUUUUGCUGAAGGACAGAUUGGGAUUAACAAGACCUUUAAAAAAGCACUCGAGGAGGCAGCAAGGAGGUUUCAGGAGCUGAAAUCUCAGCGAGAGACCAAAGAAGCUCUGGAACAGGAACGCAACUCACGACGGCCUUCACCAUACAAACUCAUCAAGUGUAACAGGCCCAUAGGGAAGGUGCAGGUGUGUGUUGCCGACCUGUCUGAGAUCCCACGCUGCAACUGCAGUCCGAGUGACGAGCGUCCGUGCGCGCAGGAAUCGGAGUGUGUGAACCGGGCGCUGCAGUACGAGUGUCACCCUCAGGUGUGUGCCGCUGCCGAGCGCUGCCUCAACCAGUGCUUCAACAAACGCCAGUGUCCAAAGAUGGAGGUGGUCAAGACGGAGACAUGCGGCUGGGGCCUCAAAACCAAACAGGACCUCAAAAAGGGAGAUUUUGUGAUCGAGUACGUAGGGGAACUGAUCGAUCUGGAGGAAUGUCGACACAGAAUCAGCCUCGCCAACAAGAACCAUGUGACCAACUUCUACAUGCUCACCCUCACCAAGGAUCGUGUGAUUGAUGCUGGGCCCAAAGGGAACCUGUCUCGCUUCAUGAACCACAGCUGCAGCCCGAACUGUGAGACGCAGAAAUGGACGGUGAACGGAGACGUCCGCAUCGGCCUGUUCACUCUGUGUGACAUCGCUGCAGACACUGAACUGACAUUCAAUUAUAACCUGGACUGUUUGGGGAACGGGAGAAUGACGUGUCACUGCGGAGCAGAAAACUGCAGCGGCUUCUUGGGAGUCCGACCAAAGAGUGCUGUGGUGAUGGAAAGGGAGGAGAAAGUGAGGAACUCUAAGCUGAAGAUGAAGAAGAGGAAACUGAAGACGGAAAGCCGCAGUCACGAUUAUUACUGUUACUGCUGCGGUGAGGGCGGAGAACUGGUCAUGUGUGACAGGAAGGACUGUCCCAGAGCCUAUCACCUGCUCUGUCUCAAUCUGGCCACACCCCCUUUUGGUCGCUGGGAAUGCCCAUGGCACCAGUGCAGUGUAUGUCAGCGCCCAGCCUCUGCGUUCUGUCACUUUUGCCCCGCCUCGUUUUGCCAGGAUCAUGAGGCAGGGCAGCUGGUGCUUUCAACACAGGAUAACCGCCCCUGCUGUCCCAAUCACGACCCGGAACAAGCCCCCAGCCUCCCUACCACUGUGAGGGUGAAGGAAGAAGAGGAAGCAGAGAGAGAAGAGGACGACGAGGGGGAUGCAGAGAGAGAGGCGGAAGAGGAUGACGAAGGAGAAAUAGCUGAGUGACUGAGCUGAAGCUCUUCUUCUUAAAAUCCUGGCUGGAAUUUGUUAAAAACGAGGCCCUCCUCCAUGCAGCCAGGGGGCGGUGUUCAGUUCAGAAUCAUCACUCGUACAAGUCCAUUCCAGAUCUGCAGCUGAGGGCGAUCGUUUAUUGAGCCGAAAACAUUUACAACUUCACUCUUUCCGAUCCAGAAUCACACAGCACCUAAUCGUCACUUUACCGAUCGUUUCUUUUUCAAGCCAAGUCUGAAUUCUUCUUCAGAGAUCUCAGUACACACACACACACACACACACUCUCUCUCUCCGGUACCUGCAGCACGUUGAGAACUUGAUUUGACGUACCUCAGUGUAAAUAGAAAGGAUUCAUACGAAAGACGUAGGUCAGAGUCUCUACACUAGAAUUUUCACUACACGUCUGAAUAUCGGCUAGUUGUGAAAAAAAAAGAAAAAAGAGAAGAAAAAAAACAGGACCGUGACUCCGUUUUUUUUUUUUUUUUUUUUGGAUUACGUGCUGCC